GUGAUUUCCUUAUUAAAUUGAAUUGAAACAGAGAAAAAGACGAUAUAAUGCAAAGUUAUACAGAACAUACUGGAAUGGCAUCUUUCAGGUUUCAAAUCUAUAUCUUGGCUUUCUGUGCAGGCCUUGUUAUUCAAAGCAGCUGCCAUGGCCAUUCUGGGCUUCAGAAAAAACAUGUAGCCCUGUUCAUCUUUGGUGAUUCACUCUAUGAUCCUGGAAAUAAUAACUACAUAAAUACCACAAAAGAUUUCCAGGCAAAUUGGUUGCCAUAUGGUGAAACAUUCUUCAGGUACCCAACUGGUAGAUUUUCUGAUGGGCGUUUAAUCCCAGAUUUCAUUGCUGAGUAUGCCAAGUUGCCAAUUAUACCAGCAUUUUUACAACCUGGGUUGAAAGACUAUACUUAUGGGGUGAACUUUGCUUCUGGUGGAGCUGGUGCUCUAGUUGAAAGCCAUCAAGGAUUUGUGAUAGACCUUAAAACUCAACGAAGUCAAUUCAAGAAGGUGGAGAAGCAGUUGAGGCAGAAACUAGGUGAAGCAGAAGCCUACACAUUGCUGUCCAAAGCUGUCUACUUAAUCAGCAUUGGAGGCAAUGACUAUUCUAUCCCAUUAGCCACCAAUACCAGCCAUGAAGAAUAUGUUGGCUGGGUUAUUGGCAACCUGACAAGUUGGAUCGAAGAUGUAUACAAGAAAGGAGGCAGGAAAUUUGGAUUUUCAAGCUUGGCCCCUCUUGCUUCUGUGCCAAGCAUGAGAGUGAUUCAACCAGGAAACACAGGCCCUUCAGGGGAAGAAGUUACAGCACUUGUGAAACUACACAAUAGACUGCUUUCCAAAGUCCUCACAAAGCUGAAGAAAGAGCUCCAAGGAUUCAAAUACUCAAAGCUUAAUCUCUACACUUACGCUAAAGAAUUUUCGGUAUUACUGUGUCGUAAAGGUUUCAAGGAAGGAAAGACGGCGUGCUGUGGCUCUGGUCCAUACGGAGGAAUUUAUACCUGUGGAGGGAAGAGAGGUGUGACUGGGUAUAAGUUAUGUGGCAAUGUUACUGAGUAUGUCUUUUUUGACUCCUUCCAUCCAACUGAAAGGGUUUACCAGCAAAUGUCUAAGUUAUGGUGGAGACAUAACUUGGAGGAGCUAUUUGAAGUUUAGGCAAAGUAUGGCUUGAUAGUUUUGUAAGAAAUUGAGCAAUUUGCAGACACAAUUUCCGUUUCCAAGCGAAUUAAAAGUUUGAUGGAGUCAUGGACACAUGGGCAAGUCUCCAAGUUAUGGUGGAGCCAUACUCCCAAUGUCCCAGGGCCUUCUUCUAAUUUGAAAGAGCUAUUUGAAGUUCAAAAACCUAUGGAUUAGUUAGUUUCAAUAAGCAAGCACCUGUGAAUUUGCAGAGACAAUCUCUGUUUAAAAAUAAAUUAUGGUAUAUAUCAUCUUUGUAUUAAUGUAUUCACAACUCAAAAAUAGAUGUGAUAGAUG